GAACGAAUAGCCACUGAUAUUGGCCCGACACCUACACUCGAAGUUGCAGAAAUCUCAACAAAGCGUACACCAAAAUUACUUGUUGAUCUUCCAACGGAUGGCGUCACUACAGAAUCAACAAAAUCUGUACCAGAGAUAUAUUCCCAACACCCACCUGUUACGGAUGCGUCUAAGGAAUGGUUGAGCACCACCCCAAUAGAGGAAUCUCCGUACUGUAGAGUGAAUGCGAACAUGGAUUUGCUUUUGCUCAUUGAUGCCUCCAGCAGCGUUAAAAUUAUCGAUUAUCGAAUCAUGAAGGAAUUUAUACAGAAGUUUUUGUUAAUGCACUUUAAUCUCCAGCGACAUCGUGUCCGAGUCGGUGUUAUUAAAUACGGUAAAAAAGUAGAGGUACCUGUAACUCUAGGAGAUUACGAUUCUCCUGAAGAGCUUUUAAAAAGAUUGAGUGAAACUAAACGUGUACGAGGCAAACCUCGUCUUGCGGCAGCUCUUGAAGAAGCGUAUAGUGAAUUUUCUGUAUCUAGCACGCCGGAACAGGAAAAAGCUAUCAUCAUUUUCUCGAACGGACCAUUUAGCUGCUUCGACUUCUAUUUUAGUGGCGACGUUGCCGUAGAGGCUGAGAAGCUACGUAACGAGGUAACACCUCUUAUAUUUUUGGUAAAUGGAGGAAAGGACGGCGAUUCUGAACAAGAUUUAGCAGUCGUCGGAAAGGGUCAUCCAGAUAGGAUAACAAAAUUAUCUCAUUGGGCUGACAGUAGUCCUAUGCUGAUUGGACCGAUUGCGAAUGUCGUAUGCAAAGUACGACAUGUUAAACAGAUUAUUGGUGAUGCAACGGAAGAAACUUGGUCUCCAAGAGAGACGACUCAACCUGGAGAUCGGACGACGGCAGUUCGGAUUUGUGAUAGAAUUGAAUACAAGCUCGAUAUCAUCUUCGUCCUCGAAUCUUCAGACAACGUAACAGAUGAGGAAUAUUAUAAAAUUAAAGAUGCCCUAAAUGAAUUAAUUGAAAAAAAUCUGGAUCUUUCUCCUGAUGUGGUUCAAGUUGGCUUUAUUGAGUACAGUUCGGAAACAUACAUACCGAUUGCUCUUGGACAUUAUGAAGACAAAGAACAGUUGUUCAAGGAAAUUGAUAAAAGAAAGCGCAUGAGAGGAACUCCGGUUUUACUUCGAGGCUUGGAUGCUGUAAAAGAGCAAUUUAGAGCGCAUGGACGGGAAGACGUAUCUCGAGCUGUUCUUUUAAUCACAAAAGGAAAUAACCGGGGCAAUGCAGCUUUUGCUGUUCAAGACUUAAGAGAAAAGUACAAAGUUGAUAUUUUUUUCGUUGCGAUUGAUGCGUCUGAAUUGGGUCUAGCAAGUUUGAGGCGAUUAUUAGACGAUGAACAUUCUUCGGAACGAUUACUUUCAUUCAAGAGCGCUCAGGCGUUACUUGACGAAGGAGUCGAAAGGAUGGGGAAUGCCCUAUGUGGUUAUAUUGGCGGUGCAGACGUGGAGUCUUAUACGGAGCAACCUUCGAGUUAUAAAACCACCAAACGAGAAAUUUCUCCUCUCGAUUUUACAGAAGUCGCUGCUGCUUCUAUCAGCCCUAUAUUUGAAACCCCAGAAAAAUUUACUGCCUUGUGUAAAGAUGAACAACUUCGUCCUUAUCAGUUCACAAUUAUUGUGGACAUUACGGGCAGGUCUCCAGAAAAUGAUUUUAAACAAGCACUUUUCUACAUUGCCAAAUUCAUGAAAUCGCGAUUCCCUCCUGAGAAUAUUCGCAUGCAGAUGAAUCUAAUUACUGUAAACAGCACGAGAGCUAUUGAAAAGGCAUCGAAUUUUGAUGUCAACGAUGUGUUUCAAAACCUCGGAACUGUUGAGCAAGAAAAAGGCGAUGAGUUGUCAGCUCCACUGGGUUUGAGUAUUAACAGAGGCAUUGCGGUAGCGAAUAAGAAUGCCUUUAAAGGAGUCAAACAAUUUCUGUUUGUCGUUAGUGCUGACGGCACUAGCAGUGACGAUGCUGUUCCUGCUACUGAAAAGGCCCAAAGUCUUGGUUUGAACGUCAUAUUCCUCUCAAUUAGAGAACCAGCAAGUAACUUACUUACAGAACUUGCCGGAAACGACCCGAAAAGGGUAAUUCGUAUUGCUGACUGGUCGGUAUCUGAAAAUAUAUUCGAUGCUUGGUUUGCACAUAUAAUAUGCAGUGAGGUAACUGCUGUAAAAUUUCUAACCACUGAACAGGCAUCUACGACGCCAGCUGCUUCUCCUGUUGCGGUUUCUAUUAGCCAGCCUGUAAGCCAACCUUCCAACCUUAAAGUAAUUCCCAUCUCACCUUCUGCCGUUUCUGUUAGUUGGACUUGCUGUACGAACACGAGAACGUCCUAUUAUGUCUUGGUAACCUCCGACGAUUCGCUUCCUAAGUCUGAAUGGCAAAGAAUCGGUGCAACAUGUCGUGAAAGUUUCGGCAAACGUAUUGGAAACUUGAGUGCUGAAAUAAAGUAUUUGAUAUGCGUAAUGACUGAAGAAGCAGCUUUGAAUAAAUCUCGUCCAGUUGAUUUGAGUAACUGUGAAACUGUCAAAUUGACUGAAGAUACAACAGCUCCUCCUGAUUACGAGCCUGUAGGAGAUCGUGCAACGAAAUGCCAAUGUCUGUGUUCAGAGAAGGGUGAGGCAGUAGUACGCCCAACCUGUAGUGAUGCUAUUGAUCCAUUUAGACCGAUUUCGACGUUACCUCCAACGACCUCAGAGGAGUGUCCGUGUCGUGUAAGUUCUCACGGCGGCAGAUGUCCUAGUGGAUACUACCUCUAUAAGGGAUCUUGCUACGAUAUUGACGAGUGCCAACAACAAAACGGUGGCUGUUCACACGGCUGCGUUAAUAUACCUGGAGGUUUUUAUUGCGCUUGCCCUCUUGAUAUGAUAAGAGAUCCUUUGAAUCCUAAAAAGUGUGUUGAAGCAGCUAAGGCUUUCGAUGGAAUAGCUCUUUUACUGGGACAAUAUGUGGAAGCAAAUCAGCGAGCAGCAGGUAUCCCUACUCCAGUUUUCGGUGAGGGAAAACCAGUACGAUACAAGGCAUCUAUAAAAUCACCUGAUGAUAAAACAAUCUCACUUGAGUGGUCAGCUAUUCCGACUGCUGUACGUCGAGCAUUGAAAUGG